ACCGCCACCCGCUUUGUUUCAGAGACAGACACCUUCGUCAUCUUCUCCGGCAAAUUCGCAAAUUAAAUUCUCUGCAUAUUAAUUUUUUAUUUUAAUAAAUUUGUUUCCAUUAUUUUUCCAAUGUCUCCAUCUCUAUCCACAAACUCCUACCUAUAUAUAUCUCUCUCCUCCGCCUCCCACUUUCUCUCACCUCCCCCUCCUCCUCCUCCUCCCAUGUCCGCCGCCAAUUUUCUCCCUCCACCGCCGUUUCCUCUCAUCAAGAACCACCACCCCAUGUCUACUUGCGUCCACUCCUCCCGCACCGCCGAAACCCCUCCCCACUCAAACCCUACCUCCGACGACCACCACCACCACUUCUCCGCCGCCGCCACCUACGUCAGAUUCUGCCGCCCUAAUCUCCCCGAUCUCUCCUCCUGCACCACAACAAAGAAGGAGCUUCCUCCGCCGCCGAACCCCGCCGGAGAUUUGUGGCGGCGGAUGAGGGACGAAGCCACAUCAGACGCCGAUCAAGAACCCAUCUUGUCGAGUUAUUACCACACCUCGAUUCUCUCCCACGAUUCUUUAGAGUGUGCCCUAGCCAAUCACCUCUCGUUGAAAUUGUCCGAUUUAACCCUCCCCACAAAAACCCUCUCCGAUCUUUUCUUGACUGUUCUAACAGACGACCAAGAAAUCAUCUUCGCCGUUAACGACGACUUAACGGCCGUUAAGGAGAGAGACCCCGCCUGCAUAAGCUACGUCCAUUGUUUCUUGAAUUUCAAAGGGUUUUUGGCGGUCCAAUCACAUAGAAUAGCACACAAGUUGUGGUCCAACGGUAGAAAGACACUAGCUUUAUUGAUUCAAAGUCGGGUUUCCGAGGUUUUCGCGGUGGAUAUCCACCCGGGGGCGAAGAUCGGAAGAGGGAUCUUGCUCGACCACGCCACCGGAGUCGUGGUCGGAGAAACGGCGGUGAUCGGAGACAAUGUGUCGAUCUUGCAUAACGUGACUUUAGGUGGGACCGGAAAAAUCUCCGGCGACCGCCACCCGAAGAUCGGUGAUGGGGUUUUGAUUGGGGCGGGGACUUGUGUGUUGGGGAGCGUGAGGAUCGGCGAUGGGGCGAAAAUCGGGGCGGGGUCGGUGGUGCUUAAGGAAGUUCCGGCGAGAACUACGGCCGUCGGAAAUCCGGCGAAGUUGAUCGGAGGGAAGGAGAAUCCGGUGAAGUUGGAUAAGAUGCCGGGCUUGACUAUGGAUCAUACUUCGGAUAUAUCCGAGUGGUCGGAUUACGUAAUUUAGAUAUUCUUCGUGCUUUUAAGUGAGAACCCAAGUUUUCCUAUUGGCAUUAGAUAUGAUUCUUGAAUCCCAUGUGAUGUUUCGUUUUCGUAUCUAUUGUUUUCGUUGCGUGUUAACGAAUGGGGCGCAAUGUGUGCUUGCUAGUUUUGUAAGCUUUUUUGUCGAUGUACAGAUUAAUUUUACUCGGUUUUUUGUUUCGGAGAACAAA